AUGCUGGUGUUGAUUCUAGUGGCGGCUGCGAUGUUGUGGCUCUUCCCGUUGGCCACAGCUCAGCCCCUGUGCCGUAUUCACACGGUGAGGACGGGAAAGACACUUCAUGUUGGACAGCAAACUCGAGGGGACCUCCUAUAUUUUUCAUCUAUGAAAACACUCUUGAUAAAACAUCCUUGCAAAAAAAGAACAGCCCUGUAUCUAGGACGACAACUUUUUUUCACAAGAAAUAACUUUGAGAGUAGUCUCCUUCCAUUCUCCAUCCCUACGUGGAUGCAGGUUGGCACGCCAGAAGUAACAUCAGCACAUUUUGCUGGUUCGGUAUUGCUGUUAGUGGUGAAUAAAAGAGUCUAUAUUUAUGAGUAUGAAGAUGAUUCCUGGGAGGCAUCUAUAGGCUUAAGACACCCCGUUUCACAUGUCACUGGUGAGAAUUGUUGCUAUGAUGAUCAUCCCUUUUGCGCGGAUAUAAGUGAUUCCAUUUUUGCUUAUUUGCGCGGAGCUGAGAUAUCUCAGACCACUAUAUAUAUCUCAGAAACCUGGGGAUACAAAUUUCACAAGUAUGUCCAUGAAAGACAGACGGCACAAGUCGGGGCUCUGGGUGGGAUCUUCCACCUGCACUCCCUGUCGCAGGUCGGGCUGCUCGCCUCCGACCAAGGCAAGGCCAAGUUUGUGUACUCGGACCACCCACUGAACCAAAGUUUUGGGCUGCCCUUUGACUACAAUGGGACUCUUGACAUCCUCAUCGUCCCAGGCCAGAAAGGUUUUCUGAUCUUCUGGUUUGAGAAGAGCCUGUUAGCUUCCCGAAAUGCAGGUCAGCUCGUCAACCCCGUGCAGGUGCAAGAAGGGUCACACACUGUGUAUUCUUCUGUUUUUGAAACCAACAUCACCAUCCACAGCGUGGCUGCCAAUGAAAAUGAACUAGCAGUUUUAACUCGGGAGAGUAAUUUGUAUUAUGGCAGCUUGGGAAUCCUGACAAAUUUCAUGAUCAAAUUUGCACACCAAAAUGUCUGGUCCCAAGAGUCAGCCCUGAUGUUCAAUAACCUGGGGAUGCUUGAAAUCCUGACCCCACUUCCUGAUUCGGUUUUUCCAGCUUUUGAUUUCCAGAAGUGCCUUGUGAAUAUCCAGGCAGUUCUCAUGGACCCCCAACUCCAAGUUGAUGUAUGCAAAGUAGAACUUCUGCAAGGAGAAUUUGAAAACAAAAUGUAUGUCAUUGAUAUGAACAGCAAGUUGGAGUUGACCGCCCUGAUGAUACCCAGGCCGGGCAUGUCACUGAUCCCACUCGCGGUGGUGAGCAACCCACACUCUGUGGGGCUGCAGGCCAUCGCAUAUGAGGACGGCUACACCUACGGAGGGAACACGAAGCACAAGCUGAACAUCUCCCUGAGGCAGCAGCACCACUCCGGCAGGGCUGACCCCAACUUCACCUCCAGCAUAAAGAGACCCACAAUCUCCACCAUCACUCUGGACAUAGCCAACAAGGAAAUUUCAUGUGUGGACCUCAAGCCACUGACGGCUCUCAUUUCCGUUGGUUGUGACCUGAAGAAAAAGAUUGUCAUUCAGAACAAAAUCUCAGCCUGUUACAAAGGCAUCCUCGAUCCAGUGGCCCUUCAGGACAAUUACACCUAUGUCAUUGAGAAGGAAGCCUACGACCCCCAAUUCCAGGGGAAAGUGGCCAACAAGGACUUGGUGGUGAACUACCAUUACGAGGAGCUGGGCUGUCCCCUCCUCGUCUUCUACGACACCCCAUGGAAGCCUGUGGUGGAACUAUGGCGGGAAGAAAAGUUCCAGGAGGUUGUGGAGGCAGAGUAUGUCUUGCUGGAGCUGAACGGACUGUUCACCUACACAUACUCCCUGACGGCAGGCACGGCGCUCUGCAGGGCCCAGCCGCAGAACUGGACCUCCGUCAUGCGGAAUUCCAGCGAGGAGCGGCCCUUUGCCUGGGACCGAGAGAACUAUGUGAGCUGCCAUGACCCCCGCAACAAUGCUCCCCUGAAAUGGCCAGAGGUCCCCUAUCAGAUCUUGGGAGGCCGAACGGCAAACAAGGUCAUUUUCAACCAAAGGAACGGAAUUUAUAUCUUCUUCAUUUCUGUCGUGGAUCCAUACUACAGGUGCACUAUGCCCAUCUCCAUCAUGAGUGGACCUGUUUCCAGUUACCUGUGUGCCGAGUGGGCACUGUCUCCCACCUCCUCGCCCAGCCCCCAUCCCUCACCACCAGGCACCCUCACCUCCAUCCAGCACCUGCCCCUCACAUCUGCCUGA